GAGUUACUCACUGAUAUUGAUAUGGUACUAUUUGUGGAACGCGGGAUACGCGGUGGUUUGAGUCAGUGUUCCAGUAGGUAUGCGCAAGCUAAUAAUAAAUAUAUUUCAUCGUACGAUCCGUCGAUACCGUCUUCAUAUCUAAUGUAUUUUGACAUAAAUAAUCUUUAUGGUUGGGCAAUGAGUGAACCGUUGCCGUACGCGGGUUUUGCAUGGGUCAAGAACGUCGAUUGUCUCGACGCGAUAUUAUCUGUACCAUCAAAUGUUGGUUACAUUGUGGAGGUCGAUCUUGAGUAUUCGUCCGAUUUACACGAUAUUCACGCGGAUCUUCUGUUUUGUCCGACGCGAAGUAGACCGCCGGGAAAACAAAGUGAAAAACUUCUCGCCACACUUUAUAAUAAGGAACGUUAUGUGACGCAUUAUCUCAAUUUGCAGCAAUGUGUGCGUCAUGGUUUGCGUGUAACGAAAAUUCAUCGGAUAUUGGAA